UUGGGGUGGGGGUGGGGGGCAUUUUGCAGUUCCAGGGGCGGAGCUGGGUCUGUGGGCUCAGACCCAACACAUAACUGUGGGCGGCUGCAGUCUGGGGCCCCAGACAGCCAGCCUCUCUCAACUGAGCUAACAGCAUGAAGACCCUCUCAGGCCUGCCACUGCUGCUGCUGCUGCUCUCCACGCCUCCUCCCUGCGCCCCACAAGCCUCCGGGAUCCGGGGAGAUGCUCUGGAGAAGUCCUGCCUUCAGCAACCCCUGGACUGUGAUGAUAUCUACAUGCAGGGCUAUCAGGAAGAUGGGGUGUACCUCAUCUACCCCUAUGGCCCCAGUGUGCCGGUCCCUGUCUUCUGUGACAUGACAACCGAGGGUGGCAAGUGGACGGUUUUCCAGAAAAGAUUCAACGGCUCAGUGAGUUUCUUCCGGGGUUGGAACGACUACAAGCUGGGCUUCGGCCGUGCUGACGGGGAGUACUGGCUGGGUAAGGUGGGGUCAUGGGGUGGGGGCUGCCCCUUAGCCAACUCUUGGCUGACCAGCUGCCACCCCUACCUAGGGCUGCAGAACCUGCACCUCCUGACACUGAAGCAGAAGUAUGAGUUGCGCGUGGACUUGGAAGACUUUGAGAACAACACAGCCUAUGCUAAGUAUGUUGACUUCUCCAUCUCCCCCAAUGCGGUCAGUGCGGAGGAGGAUGGCUAUACCCUCUACGUGGCUGGCUUCGAGGAUGGCGGGGCAGGUGACUCACUGUCCUACCACAGUGGCCAGAAGUUCUCCACCUUUGAUCGAGACCAGGACCUCUUUGUGCAGAACUGUGCAGCCCUCUCCUCAGGAGCCUUCUGGUUCAGAAGCUGCCAUUUUGCCAACCUCAACGGCUUCUACCUGGGUGGGUCCCACCUCUCCUAUGCCAAUGGCAUCAACUGGGCCCAGUGGAAAGGCUUCUACUACUCCCUCAAGCGCACUGAGAUGAAAAUUCGUCGUGCCUGAAGGGCUGGCCCAAGCAGGCCCCAUCUCUCCCCUGGAAGCCCCAAGUCUCCAUGUUCUCCCUCCAUGCUCUACCCACAAAUCCUGAGCACCAGCUAUGCCCUGGCAAAUCCCUGCCCCACAUACAGGCAGGCUCUGUAGCACUCUACCUGAGGUUAGGCUGUCAGCGCCCUCCAGGCUUUUCUGUGGCCAAACCAUUCCAGCCUGGAUCUAGCUGAAAUCCAUAAAACUCCAAGUUGCUUCUACCCUUUCACGACAGCUGAAAGCCAGAAGCUACCUUCUAGCUGCCAGCUUAUACAUCCCACCUCAGCCAAUUCCUUACUGCAGACCCAUCUGUGUAGGGCUACCCUCGACAGAGAAAUACAGCACCUAUGGCAUUGCCAAUCAGCUCAGGCAUGGCCACAGUCACACCCCAGCACUCCCACAGCUCUCCUCAGAAUACUUCCUACCUUGGUCUCAUCAACUAACUCCCUUAAGUGAGCAUCAUGGAGCCCAAACCCAUCUGCCUUCACUCAUCCCUCAAAAUUCAACACCAAGACCACACUCACCACAGCUGCUGCCCAUCGACUCUGAAGGAGCCACGGCAAAGCAGCUUAAUUUGGUCCCCUACUUCCCUAGGGAUUGUCAUGAGAGAGGCAGCAGAGAACUCUGGGGGCUGGGAGUGGUGGGAAGUAGAGGUCUCAAUAAACCUUCAGGAUCUGA